AUGGCACAAAUAUUACUAUCGAAUAACGAAGAAAUAAAUAAUUAUUCAUUUAAUCCAUUAUUGAUCACCACAGUUAAUGAAAAUAAAGAGAGUUCAACACUCAUUUGGUUUGAUCCAAAUAUUGGAUCACGUCAUGAUACUGAACAAACAAAACAACAACUUCGUCUUAUUAAUGAUUAUGUUAUUUUUCAUACUGACCUUGAAGAAUGUAUUACAUUUAUUCAAUCAAUUGAUAAAGAAAAAAUAUUUCUAAUAACAUCAGGAUCAAAAGCAUCAGAAAUUUUAUCACAAAUUCCUUCUUAUCAUCAAAUCGAUUCGAUUUUCAUCUUUUGUUUAAAAAAAGAUCGAUAUGAAUUCUUAUUAAAUAAAUAUCAAAAAAUAGUUGGAAUUUAUACAAAUCUUGAUGAUUUAUGUGAAUCAAUUAAAGAACAAACUAGUCUGUUUAAUAAACAAAUACAAACAUUUUCUUUUUUUGAUCAACAUCAAAAAUCAACAAAAGAUUUAUCCAAAGAAUCAGCAGAAUUUCUUUGGUUUCAAUUAUUUAAUUAUGUUACUUCUCGUCUUCCGCGAACUGAACUAGCAAAACAACAAAUGAUUCAAAUAUGUAAAGAAUAUUAUCGUGGAAAUACGAAAGAAAUGAAAAAUAUUGAAGAAUUUGAACAAACCUAUCAAUCAGAAGAUGCUAUUCGUUGGUAUUCAAAAGAAUCAUUUCUAUAUAAAUUAAUUAAUAAAGCAUUAAGAACAGAAGAUAUUGAUUUCUUAUAUAUAUUUCGAUUUUUUAUUGGUGAUCUUUCUCAAAAUCUUCAACGUGAACAUGAAAAGAUUUUAUUAUCAGAAGAAAAAAUUGUAAAUGUUUAUCGAGGAGUUAAACUUAAUACCAAAGAACUUAAUAAACUAAAAGAAAACCAAGGAAAACUUGUCUCAACAAAUGGAUAUUUAUCAACAAGUCGACAAAAGUCACAAGCACUUGAUUUUGCAGUAAAACAAACAACAAGAACUGAAGUCGUUUCUGCUCUUUUCCAUAUUCAAUGUGAUAUUGAACAAGUAGAUAAAAAUAUUAUUUUUGCUGACAUUCAUCAAUUUAGUGAAUAUUCAUAUGAACAAGAAGUUUUAUUUGAUUUGAAUGCAUGUUUUGAAAUUGAAUCAGUCGAGGAAGACGAAUCAUUAACAAUAAUUAAAAUGAAUCUUUCAAAUGAAGGACAAAAAAUUACUAAAGAUUUUAUCGAAUUAACGAAGCAAGAAACAGAAGAACUAAGUGUUUCGAUUGUUUUUGGAAGAUUAUUAUGUAACUUAGGUGAAUAUGAUAAAUCACAAAAGUAUUUUCAACAACUAUUAUAUGACUCACAUGAUGAAGAUCGUGCUUGGAUUGAAUUUAAUAUUGGUCGAGCUCUUUAUUUUAAAGACAAAUAUGACAAAGCUCGUGAAUACUAUGAUCGUGCAUAUGAUCGAAUGAUGAAAAAUGAACCACCGAGAGUUAAAGACACUGCUCAUGUUCUCAACAACAUUGGUAACGUUCUCUAUCGCCAAGGAAAAUAUGAUGAAGCACUCCACUAUCAUCAACGUGCAUUGGAAAUUCGAGAGAAAUAUUACCCAGCUGGUCAUGUAGAUGUUGCUCAUAGCCUGAACAACAUUGCUCUUCUUCUCGAUCAUCAAGAGAAGCGCGAUGCAGCCCUUCAAUAUCAUCAACGAGCAUUGAAAAUUCGAGAAAAAUUAUGUCCAUCAGGUCAUGGCGAUAUUGCACAAAGUCUACACAACAUUGGUCUUAUUCUUGAUAAUCAAGGAAAAUAUGAUGAAGCACUCGAUUAUCAUCAACAAGCAUUACAAAUUCGAGAGAAAUUUUAUCCAUCUGGCCAUGUCGAAAUUGCUAAAAGUCUCAACAACAUUGGUAAAACCCUCCAUCGUCAAGAAAAAUACGAUGAAGCGCUCCGCUAUCAUCAACGUGCAUUAGAAAUUCGAGAAAAAUUUUAUUCAUGUGAUCACGCGAAUAUUGCUCAUAGUCUCUACAACAUUGGUAACGCUUACCGUCGACAAGAAAAACGCAAUCAAGCUCUCAAUUACUAUCACAAAGCAUUGGAAAUUCAAGAGAAAGUUUAUCCAUCUGGCCAUGUUGAUACUGCUCGUAGUCUGCACAACAUUGGUCUCAUCCAUGAUAGGGAAGGAAAAUACGAUGAAGCUCUCGAUUAUUAUCACAGAGCAUUCGAAAUUCGACAGAAAUUUCAUCCAUCUGAUCAUAUGGAGACUGCUCAAUGUCUCAACAAUAUUGGUAACAUUCUGUAUCGACAAGGAAAAUACAAUGAAGCUCUUGACUAUCUUCAUCGAGCAGUAGAAAUCAGAGAGAAAUUAUAUCCAUCUGGUCAUGUCGAUAUUGCUCAUACUCUACAUAAGAUUGGUCUUACUCUUGACAGCCAAGGAAAAUACGGUGAAGCUCUAAAUUAUUAUCAAAGAGCUUUGCAAAUUCGAGAGAAAAUGUGUCCUUCCGGUCAUCGUGAUAUUGUUUAUAGUCUCGACAGCAUUGGUAAAAUCUACCGUCGACAACAAAAGUACAAUGAAGCUCUGGAUUAUAAUCAACGAGCAUUAGGAAUUCUAGAGAAAUUUUAUCCAUCUGGUCAUGCCGAUAUUGCUCUUACUCUCUAUAACAUUGGUCUCACCCUUGAUAACCAAGCAAAAUACGAUGAAGCUCUAAAUUAUUAUCAAAGAGCUCUGAAAAUUCGAGAGAAAAUUCAUCCGUCAGAUCAUGUUGACAUUGCUCAAAGCCUCAAUAAUAUUGGUAACAUUUUGUAUCGACAAGGAAAAUACGAUGAAGCUCUCAGCUAUCAUCAACAAACAUUGGAAAUUCUAGAGAAAUUACAUACAUCUGGUCAUAGCGAUCUUUCUCGAAGUCUCUACAACAUUGGUAACACUUAUCGUCGACAAGAAAAGUACACUGAAGCGUUUGCAUACUAUCAACGAGCAUUGGAAAUUCUAGAGAAAUUAUAUCCGUCGGGUCAUGUCGAUAUUGGUCAUACUCUCCAUAACAUUGGUCUUACUCUUGAUAACCAAGGAAAAUACAAUGACGCUCUAGAUUAUUAUCAAAGAGCUUUGAAAAUUCGAGAGAAAACUCAUCCUUCCUGUCAUCUUGAUAUUGCUCAAAGUCUUCAAAAAAUUGGUAAAACCUACCAUCGACAAGGAAACUAUGACCAAGCUCUGAAUUAUUAUCAACGAGCAUUAGAAAUUCUACAGAAAUUUUAUCCUUCCGGUCAUCUUGAUAUUUCUGAUAUUCUUCACAACAUUGGUUUUGUUCUUUAUAAGCAAGGAAAAUACGAUGAAGCUCUCAAUUUUUAUCGACAAGGAUUGAAUGUUCGAGAAAAAUUGAAUCCAUCUGGUUAUAUCGAUAUUGUCCAAAGUCUGUGCAGCAUCGGUGACACUAACCGUCGACAAGGAAAACAUAGCGAAGCUCUUGAUCAUUAUCAACAAGCAUUGAAAAUUCAAGAGAAAGUUCAUCCACCAGGCCAUGUCGUCACUGCGUCCUGUUUGAAUAAUCUUGGUCUUUGCUAUGAAAAUGAGAAAAAUGCAAAGGAGGCACUCUCAUAUUAUCAACAAGCACUGGCUAUUUAUGAGAAGUCUCUUCCUUCUGAUGAUCCAAGUCGACAGAUAGUCGAAAAAAAUAUUCGUAGACUUAAUGUAAAAAAUGAAAGUCGAUGA